GGGUGGCGCUAUAUGAGUCCCGCUUGAUAAGAGAAGGGCAGGGCGCUCGGCAGUGGCCCCUGUGAGAACAGCUACACUACAGAGCCACUUCCUUAGCUAGCCCGCUGUGGUUUCACAAUCUAUUAAUGUCUUCCGAUGAAAGUUAAGAUUCUGCCGCGCAUUUAGUUGGUUUUGCGCUGAUUAUCUGCAGCUCGUCUCCAAACAUUAACCAAAAUGUCGCAGCCUGCGGUGGCCGACACUCGCCGGUUGAACUCCAAGCCCCAGGACCUCACGGAUGCCUACGGCCCCCCCAGCAAUUUUUUGGAAAUAGACGUGUAUGAUCCACAAACCCUGGGAGUGGGACGAACCCGAUACACUGUAUACAAAGUCCGCAUGCGGACAAACCUUCCCAUUUUUAAACUGAAGGAUUCCUGUGUGACAAGAAGAUACAGUGACUUCGAGUGGUUAAAAACUGAGCUGGAAAGAGACAGUAAGAUUGUAGUGCCACCGCUGCCCGGGAAAGCUCUGAAGAGACAGCUGCCAUUCCGUGGAGAUGAGGGCAUUUUUGAGGACUCCUUCAUUGAGGAGCGGCGAGUGGGUUUGGAGCAGUUCAUCAACAGAAUUGCCGGUCACCCUUUGGCCCAGAAUGAGCGCUGUCUGCAUAUGUUUCUUCAGGAAGCGACCAUUGACCGAAACUACAUUCCCGGAAAAGUACGACACUAGGGUGAAGCAGACGGCUGGGCCUGCGCUUUGUACAUUAUAUUUCUACAUCUCUCCAUUUUAAACUUGUGGGGAAAAAAACAGUAUAUCAACAGAGAAAAGAUUAGACAAAUGCAAUGUGUACAUGUGUUUUUCAACCAUUCCACGUUUUGAUUUAAUCUGUGAGAAUCUGUAUCCCAAAAACACUCAUUCUUAGAUAUGAUUUCUUAUUAUUGUCUUUUUAUUUGAUUAUAUAUCCCUACAGAAUAAUGGACAAUAGCCACAUGUAGCGUUCUGCAGUUACUGAUCUGUUACGUUUCAAUGCAGUGAAUCAUAGAAUUAGCUGCGAAUGAUCAAACGUCAUGAUUUUCUUUUGUCAAUUUUGGACCAUAAAUGCUCAUAUUUAAGCACUGUGACAAAACUUACUUAAAAUAAAAUCUGCAUUCCUUUUUGUUUUUAAUCUGACCAUUCUUAGUCCAUGUUCUAUUGUCUUUCUCUCGUUAAA